CGGGUAUGUUUAGAAAGUGACGUAAUGACGCUGAUGGUGCAUCUCCUCCUGUGUGUUGCAUCGGCAGAAUCAGCACCGUCAGAACGGACCGCAGAUUGUCCCUCCUUUUCCCACAUGGACCGGAACCAGGCGGCAUCACGUGACUCCGGAUCCUCGGACUGAUCCAGUUCCCCACAUCGUACCAUGGCUGCGACGGAUGCGGCCGCGCGGUGCUGCCUCGGCUCGCUGCGGUCCUACGGGGCUCCGCUGCGUCCGUCCCGCUGUCUGUGGCUCCUGCUCUGCCUCUGCUGGCUGCUCCCCGCUCCGUCCCGCUGCCUGCUCGGCUUUCGCCCGGAGGAGACCGGAGCGGAGCUGUCCGUGGACGACGAGGUGCUGAAAGCCACGGAGGGCACUCGCUUCAUUCUGCGGGUGUACUACUCCACCUCCACGCAGAGGCUCAAUCGCACCGCGGGGACUCGCGCCAACAAUGCCGCGCCCUGGAUCGCUUUUAUCGAGGAGCCAAGUCCUGGCAAAGAGGGACAGGUCCACCCCAAGAGGAACAUGUGUAUGGACAAGAACGCCAGGACGUCCGACAUCGAGGUUUUAGGCUCUUUUAAGUCUGCUUCCAGUCAGAACUCAGUGCUGGUCGAACUACUGGCCAAAGACCUGCGCAGGGGGGAGAAGAUAAAGUACUAUUCCAUGUGUGCUUUCGAUGGGUCCAAGUGGGAACACUACCGGACCAAGGACUUCUUGGUCGCCGUAACGGAGCGCUCUGCUGUCCCGGAGCUCUGGUUGCAAGUCCUGGUCUCCGUCCUUCUGCUCGGGCUGUCGGCUCUUUUCAGCGGACUGAACUUGAGCUUGUUGGCGCUGGACCCGGUGGAGCUGCAAGUUCUCCAGAACAGCGGCACCGACACAGAGCAGAACUACGCGCGGAAAAUUGAGUCUGUGCGUCGGCACGGAAACUACGUCCUGUGCACGCUGCUGCUGGGGAACGCAAUCAUCAACGCAUCUCUGGCGGUGUGGAUGUGCCAGAUCCUGGGCAUGACCUGGCUCUCCACGGUCAUUUGUGCAUUUGGCAUCUUCUUCAUUGGGGAGAUCCUUCCUCACUCUGUGGCAUCGCGUCACGGUUUGGCCAUCGCAUCCAAAACCAUCUGGGUGACGCGGCUGCUGAUGGUGCUCUCCUUCCCCAUCUCCUACCCCAUCAGCAAACUGUUGGACCUCAUCCUCAACCAGGAAAUCUCCAUAUUCUACACCAGAGAGAAACUCCUGGAGAUGCUGCGCGUCACAGACCCCUACCACGAUCUCGUCAAAGAGGAGCUGAACAUCAUCCAGGGAGCGCUGGAGCUGCGCACCAAGACCGUGGAGGACGUCCUGACGCCGCUGACCGACUGUUUCAUGCUGGCGUCGGACGUGGUGCUGGAUUUCAACACCAUGUCAGAGAUCAUGCAGAGCGGCUACACCAGGAUACCGGUGUUUGAGAACGACAGAUCCAACAUAGUGGGCAUCCUGUUUGUCAAGGACCUGGCCUUCGUGGACCCGGACGACUGCACUCCGCUGAAAACCAUAACCCAGUUCUACAAACACCCGCUGCACUGCGUCUUCAACGACACCAAGUUGGAUGCGAUGCUGGAGGAGUUUAAGAAAGGAAAGUCCCACCUUGCCAUUGUGCAGCGUGUGAACAAUGAAGGUGAGGGUGACCCAUUCUAUGAGGUGAUGGGCAUUGUCACCUUGGAAGAUGUGAUUGAGGAAAUAAUCAAAUCAGAGAUACUUGAUGAGACGGACCUAUACACUGAUAACCGCACAAAACGGCGAGUUUCCCACCACGAGAGGAAGCAGCAGGACUUUUCCAUCUUCAAGCUGUCGGAAAAUGAAAUGAAGGUCAAGAUUUCCCCUCAGCUACUUCUGGCAACACAUCGCUUCCUGUCGACAGAGGUGGAACCCUUCAAGCCUGCACACAUCUCAGAGAAGAUCCUGCUGAGGCUCAUCAAACACCCCAGUGUGGUCCAGGAACUCAAAUUUGAUGAGAAGAACAAGCGUGCUCCGCAUCACUUCCUUUUCCAGCGCAACAAACCGGUGGACUAUUUCAUCUUAGUCCUGCAGGGCCGAGUCGAGGUGGAGUUUGGCAAAGAGGCGCUGAAGUUUGAGAACGGAGCUUUUUCUUACUUUGGGGUACCUGCCAUCAUGUCAACUGUCCACAGAUCGCCCUCUCACAGCAGCGGCUUGGAGCGCUCUGAGUCCAUGCUGUAUGCUGUAAGCAUGGGCCAGCUGAACGGCGGGGGGAACCUCUACCUGCCAGACUACUCUGUGAGGCAGCUCACACCCCUGCAGAUCAUCAAGAUCACACGGAGCCACUACCAGAACGCACUAACGGCCACCAGGAUUGACAGCUCCCCCCAGACUCCUGAUGCAGAUACCCGCCUGGCAGAGGCCAACACCCCAACCCCGGAUCCUUCAACCACAGACCACGCCGCUACGCUCAUGCCCUUUGAGCCAGCCGCAGCCACGCUCCUGCCUCCGCCCAGGGAGCAGAGUCGGCCCAGCUCAGCCCGGACCAGAGGACAGCAGUCUAGUGUCCCACACAGCACCUCUGUACUGAAUGAGAAGAACCGGAUUGUUCGGAGUAAGUCUGACGGCCAGAAGAGCCCCAGUGAUUCAGUAUUUCUCCGGAUGGAUGAGAUUCCUUACAUCAGAGAGGACAGAUUAGAGACGGACACACCCUCAGACACGGCCUCUGUUCCCAUAGAAACAGACACGUCACCUUUCAUCAGCACCCUGUCGCUGAGUGGCUCAGAGGAUACGUUGGGCAAGAAACUACUGCUCAAACUAAGUCACAAGAAACGGAAAAAGUCCCGUGAAGGAGACAAGACCCCCGAGGACAUUUCAGAGCAGCCUCUGGUGAAAACCUAGCAGUGUCUGUGAAACAGAGCAACACUCCAUCACCUGAUGGUUACUUACGUUGUUUGUAAAGACUACAACUAUCAGAGUUUUAUCUGAAAACACUGUCCGCACGCGUGUACUGUUGGGGACUUUAAAGUAAACCUACCAGGAACUGCUGCAAGGGUUGGUGAACAAUAUCAUUCUUUUGACUUCAGGUUGUGAAGUAGAAAUAGGCAUUAAACCUUAGCGUCCCAUCUUCAUCGCUCCACAUUUUUCACAUAAAGCUCUCAUACAGUUGCUAAAAUAAGUAUUGACCACAUCAACUUUACCUUCGUUAAAUAUAUUUAUAAUAGUUAAAUUGAUAUGAAAUUCACACCAGAUCUCAUCCAUAUGUGUAAAUGAAUCAAAUUAAUAAGUCCAUAAAUAAAUUUAUGUGUAAUGAAGGGGAAUGCUGAAGAGAAUAAAUAUUGAACAUUGAAUAUUGAAGAAAAGGAUGUAGAGAAAAGGCAUAGAAAGCAUAGAGAGUAGCUGAAGUCUGCAUUUACAGUAGACUGUCUGCAAGAUGAAUUCUGGCUGUAUUUGUGCGCUCACAAACACGUGAGAAUCCAUCGUGUCCCCCUCUCACUUCAACCGUUUGUGACCGGCCCAAAAACGGUUUAAGCUACAUACAGCUGUGACACAAGUAAGAGCUGCCGAGCCAUAGUAAACAUGGCAGCGAAGGAGGACGAACGCGUAGCUGCUGCUAUCACAUCCGUUCGGUCCGAAUCCACGAUUUCUUAUUUUAAAGACGAAAAGAGAGAAGUGCCUUUACCAGCGUAACUUGUUGUGGUUUCUCAUCUGACACCCUGAUUGGCUAAAACCAACCGUGGGUUGGCCGGCACUGGGUGUUGCCUCGUCCAAUCAGCUUAGAGAGUUCUGCUGAAUGUCCUUCCUUUCCUCAAAUUAAUUUGUUGAAUUCGACUCCUGAGAUUAAUCUUAAUGUUGGAAACAUAAAAAUAAUAGAAAGGGCUGCCGCUGCAUUGAUAAAUGUUCCAGUGAGCUGCAAUGGAGUCAUAAUUCAGAAGUGAAAAGAACAUCAUUUAAACAUAAACCAGCCACAGCAAAGGAGCACACCAGGAGACCUAGAAGUAGCAUGUUCAGUUUGUCCCAUGAAAACAUUAAGUAAUACAUUUAACUGCAGAUUUGGACAAGCAAAUAAAAUACUAGCAGAGAAUAGUCUGGUCAGAUGAAGCCAAAGUUGAACUCUUUAGAUGUCAUAAAACAUACCAUAAGUGGAGGGUAUCUGCACAUCACUCCACAAAGCUCAUGCUGAAAGGCAUGUUUGCAGGUGGGAACAUCAUAAUAUGGGCUCCAUUAUAGCGCAGGGUGCUGGGAAAGGUCAUGUAGCUGAGGGAAGAAUGGGUGUAGAAAUAUAGCACAGUAUUCCUGAAAAGAAUCUGAAUAGAAAGCAUGUGUGGAUUUCCAAGCAAGGCAAUAGUCCUUAACAUACAGCUACAAAACCUCUUAAUUGGUUUCAAAAAAAGAAAUGAAACUGCCAGAGUGGUCCGAAACCAGAACUAUGUCCAACUGCAAAUUUUUAGACAGAAGCAAAGAUCAGGGGAAUAAGAAGGACUCUGAGAACCUUCAAGAUUUGAAAAGUGUUUGCCUCUAAGACUCCCACCGGAGCAAUCCUGAUGACAAGUUUCUCAAUGCAAGAGAUUUCCUACGGUUGUGAUUACUGAACAAGGCUCUUAUUUAAAAGAAUAUAUAUAUAUUUCAGUCUACUGUGUAUUCAAUAAUUUUCCCCUGUCAUACAAUCUGUCACCCAGAACUUCCUUACUUGAAUAAUUUGCCUUGAUUUAGUUGUAUGUGUGGAUUGUUCGGCUUGUUUUUAAGAUCUGGUGUGAAAUUCAUGUCAAUAAAAACAUUUUUUAUAUAUAUAUUCACUGAGAAGAAAAUGUUGAAUACAUAUUUUAUGAAGUUUUGAAGGACUGACUGAAUGUAAAGCAAUAUGUAGAUCUUCCUACCUGUAAUCUCUCCUGGGUGGAGCUAAAGGGAAUGGUGGUAGAGAGGAAGCACACCAAAGACUCCAAAGAUGUUGCUAUUUUCUGCAAACUGCUCCAGGAGACACCCAACAAAACAACACCGCUCACUUCAUUUUGAUGUUUUUGCAGCUAAACUUUGCUUCAUGAAUUGUUCUUACAUACUAACACCACCUGAGUGCAGUCUAUGAACCUGCUCUCUUUUCUUUUCGUUUUUUGGCCUUUUCAGAGUUUAUGUCUUGUUCCAUUGUUUAAAUGUUUCCCUCCAGUUUCCUCUGAUCUGAGGAGCAGCCGUUUGCAGGCUGCAGACACUUUCAACAAAGAACUGAAUGUUUUCAGAGGCCGAUGGUUCUCUGUUCCUCCCAAUUACGCGUACCCGGAGGCACCUUGAAGCAGCCGACGUCAGCGACAUAUAUUAACCUAAAGAUCCUGUAACUGAAAGAGAUUGCUGUAAUGCCGUAUUUCACAAGACGCUGGUGAGCGUAAUAUUAAUUUAGCUGCUGGUAGUAAAAUACUUUCCAUAGAAUGAAAUGAAACAUCAAGAAAACUACAUGACUUCCCAUAAAAUCCAACAAGCCAGCCGAUGAUUGUUAGAGGACUGCAGUGUAUUAGCUGUUUAGCUGCGAUCACUUAAGAGUGAUCACACACAAUAUUGCUGAAAGUAUUCACUCCGCCAUCCAAAUCCUUAUAUCCAGGCGUGCAUUUGGUGGCCACAGGGGCAUGAAAUCCCUCACCUAGGCAGGCAGAUCCCUUCUAAAAACAUUUGUGAAAGAAUGUGCCCCCACCCCCCCUUAGGAAUUUCAUUAUGGUACUGUGACAGGAGGCAACUGUGCAUUAGGUCCCAUCAUGAAAUCUUCUCACAACUAAUUGUCAUACAAUAAACCGGUAGUGGUGUUAGAAGAAUGUGGAGGACAUUGGGGACUAGAGCAACUUUGCCCAAAGAGCAGAAAGCCACGUAAAGCUACAGAAGUCACUGACUGUCUCCAGACCUCCAAACUCAGUGGUAUAUAGUGAUGGAAAGUUGUUUCAGGGGUUUGGUUUGAAAAUGUUGUCCCAGUUAGAGGACCUCUUAAUUCUGCAGUAAAUGUAGUAAAUGUCUGGGGCAGAGGUGCCCAGAACCUGUCCAUAAUGAAAUGGAUGAGUUAGUUUAGACUGGAGACUGUGAGCUUGGCCGUCUCAUCCAGCAUUGGUUAGCUGACCUCAGGAAUGCUCUCUUUAAAGGACUCGUCAAAUAUUUACCUAAACACACUCCUGAUCCCUUCCCAGAUGACUAGAAGCUGCUAGAGCUACAAAAGGGGGCCCGACGUCAUAUCAAAGCUAAAACAUUAAGUGUGGUAUGUUGUAAGGUUUGUGUGUGUGAAGCUAAGCAUUUAAAAACUUUUAGCAACUUACUGCAUGUGACAGCUUGUUUCUGCUGCCCCCAAGUGGCCACAAGGUUUUCUGCAACUAUUAUGAAUUUCAAUGAAUUACAAAAAACUUUCAGCUGUAGGUUUAAGGUUAUCUUUGCAAAUAUAACUCAUCUGAAUCUUUGCACUGUGGAUCUAACACCCAGAAUAUGAAUAUUUGGAGUAUGUUCAUGAUAAUUCUAAAAACAGUUGUCAUUCACAAUCUUCUACUCAGUAGUUGUUGUUUUUUUUUACUUUUGGCAGCAUUUCUGUGUUUUUGCCUCUUCAUUUAACAGAUUUGUGAAAGGUGUUUUCCACCUUAUAUUAAUUAGACACUUCUUUUAUCCGAUGGAUAUAAGACAGGAACUCAAAGAAAUAAAAAAUAUUGCAUCUGA